GCUACAGAGAUUGACAUUCUGGAGACAGUGCAGAACUUACUGAGGCAUUGUUCAAACCCUACAAACUUUCUCAAACCACUGGCAAAGCUUUUUUCUGUCAUCCAAAACAAACUGUCUCGACAUAAAUUGUGCUUGGCAUUUCAGACUUUAUCUGAUUUGGACAGUGAAUUGAAGUAUAUUACUGAUGUUGUUAAGCUCAAUGCCUUUGAUCAACGGCAUCUCGAUGAUAUCGACUUCGAUGUACGUCUGUCAGCAUUCCAGUCAAUCACAACACACAUCAAAGAAAUGCAAGCAGUGGAUAUCAACUUCCUCAUCCCUGUUAUGCACAACUGCUUCUAUACCAUCCAGCUAGGGGAUAUGGCUCUUAGUGACAACGCAAGCCUUUGCUUGACCAGUUUUAUCCGCCGACUGGCAGAAAUCAACCACACAGAUGCUGACUACAAGGAGCUAAUCCAGCACACUCUCCUGGAGUCUGUGAGAAGGGGGCUGAAGAGUAAGACUGAGAGCAUCCAGCAGGACUACACAUCAUUGCUUUCCUGCCUCAUUCAAACGUUCCCAGCAAAUCCUGAAUUCCGGGAUUUGGUUCAGUUGACUAACCGCCAUGAUCCCGACAUGGACUUCUUUGAGAACAUGAAACACAUACAGAUCCACAGGAGGGCACGAGCUCUGAGGAAACUGGCUAAGCAACUCACGGAAAAAAAUCUUGUACUGUCUUCUAAAUCCCUGCAGAACUACAUCAUGCCUUAUGCUACUACUGCCAUUUUUAAUGAAAAAAUGCUUAAGCAUGAAAACAUGGUAACAGCCUCAGUAGAAGUUGUUGGAGCUGCCUGCCGACAUCUCUCAUGGUCAGCAUACUUGUACCACUUAAAGCAUUUCAUUCAUGUCCUGCAAACAGGACAGAUCAGCCCGAAGCUGGGAGUCAGCUUGUUAGAGACAGUGCUGGAAGCCUUUCAUUUUGACCAUGAAACGCUUGAAAAACAGCUUUUGACCAUUGGCAACCAAGAAGCUGCUGCCAUGGACCUUGAGCCAGUGGUGGAGGCUGAAGAAGCCAUGGAGCUGGAGCAGAGUGAAGGGGAAGAGGAGGUGGUUGAGGAAAAGAAAGGAAAGAAUCUCCCUGAGGAGCCAGCAGAACCUGAGCAAGCAGCUGAGACAUCUGAAGAGACCGAGCAAGUGACCAAACCUGUUUGUUUCUUACCCCGAAAUAAAGAGGAGCUGGAGUGUCUGAUCAGGCAUAUUCAAGAUACAGUUACAGUCAACAUCUUGCCCAAAUUGCACAGGUGCAUUGUUGCAAAGGUUAAAAGAGAUGAGGAACACAAGCUUGUGAAAUCCAACGUUGUGAAUGAUGAUGAGGUAGUUCGUAUUCCAUUAGCUUUUGCAAUGGUCAGGAUGAUGCAGUGUCUUCCCCAGGAAGUGAUGGAAGCCAAUCUGCCAAGCAUCCUGCUGAAAGUCUGCACGUUUCUGAGGAACAGAUUUCAGGAAAUACGGGACAUCGCCCGUAACACCCUCACUAAAAUCAUGGAAGUGUUGGGAGUGCAGUACCUUCUGUACAUCUUAAAAGAGAUGCAGUCCACUCUUGUCCAUGGGUACCAGCUCCAUGUGCUGACUUUCACUGUGAACCUGUUACUGAAGGGCCUUACUACCAGGCUCAGUGCUGGUGAUUUGGACCCCUGCUUAGAUAUCCUGAUUGAGAUUUUCAACCAAGAGUUGUUCGGGAAUGUAGCUGAAGAGAAGGAAGUGAAGGGAAUUGUCUCCAAGGUCAUGGAAGCGCGCAAGAACAAGAGUUAUGAUUCCUAUGAAAUUCUGGGAAAGUUCAUAGGAAAGGGCCAGGUGACAAAACUUAUUCUGCCGCUGAAAGAGGUUUUGGAGAGCACCACAAGCUUGAAGAUAGUCCGGAAGGUGCAUGAGGCACUGCGUCACAUCAUGGCAGGGCUGAUCUUCAAUUCAGACAUGAAUGCAGAAUCCCUCCUCCUCCUCAGUCAUGGUCUCAUCAGUGAAAACUUGCCUCUGCUCACUGAGAAGGCCAAAAAAAAAGUUACCCCUCCUCCAGAUCCUCGACUGCAACCAGAGAGCUGCCUGCUGCUCCAGCCCACUCCCACGAGAGGAGGACAGAAAGCACGUGUCAGCAGCAGGACUAACACAUAUAUCUUGGUUGAUUCAGGGCUCCGGCUGCUGCACAUGAGCCUGAAGAGGUCCAAAGUAAAUUCUUCUGAGGAGCAUGCUUUGGAAAUGUUAGACCCUUUUGUUCAGCUACUUAUAGACUGCCUGAAAUCUAUGGAUGUCAAGGUGAUAACUGGUGCUCUGCAGUCCUUGGUAUGGAUUUUAAAGUUCCCUUUGCCUUCUGUUAGUACGAAUCUGGAGUCACUAAUCAAGCAGCUUUUCCUCUUACUGAAAGAAUUUGCCAAGACAGGAAUAGCCAAAGGCCAGAAUUUCCACCUGGUUGUGAGCUGUUUCAAAUGUGUAACAAUACUUGUGAAGAACGCAAAGAGUCAGAUAACAAGCAAACAGCUCCAAGUGUUGCUUGGCUUUGCUGAAGAAGACAUUUAUGAUUCAUCACGCCAAGCCACUGCCUUUGGCCUUCUCAAGGCUAUUUUAUCCAGGAAGCUGAUUGUCCCUGAAAUCGAUGAUGUGCUGCAGAAGGUUGCCCAGUUGGCCAUCACGGGUCAGAGUGAGCCUGUGCGUGUCCAGUGCAGGCAGAUUUACUUAAAAUAUAUUCUGGACUACCCCCUUGGUGACAAGCUGAAGCCCAAUUUGGAUUUCAUACUUGCACAACUGGAGUACGAGUAUGAAACUGGAAGAGAAUCUGCACUGGAGAUGGUUGCAUACCUCCUCGACAUGUUCCCAAAGGAUCUCCUCCACAAAUACUGCGGACUGUUUUUUCUCUCUCUUUGUAUGAUGAUGAUAAAUGAUGACUCUGCCAAAUGCAAAAAGAUGGCGGCUUUGACGUGUAAAUCUCUCCUCAGUAAGAUAAACAAUGAAAAACAAGAUCUGAUGUUUUCGCUGGUCACAGAGUGGUUUCACAGCCAGAAGAGCUCACACAGGAGGUUGGCUGCCCAGGCAUGCGGCUUGUUUGUUGAAGUGGAGGGAGUAAUGUUUGAACGGCGGCUUGAAGCUGUUCUCACCUUGAUUGAAAAAGAAAUCAACCCAAUUAAAUUUGAAAACAUAACUGAAGAGGAGGAGGAGAAGGCUGCAGAUAGGCUGCUGUUCAGCUUUCUUGUGCUGAUAACAAAGCUUAUCACAGAGUGCAACUUGAUUCAAUUAACUAAGAAUAGUGACAUUGUGACCAAUAUCUGGGGUCAUGUCCAGUCUCACCUUUGGUAUCCCCACAGCUGGGUCUGGCUGACAGCUACUGAGAUCUUUGGCUUGUUGUUUGCAUCUUACAAGCCAGAAGAUCUUGUCAGCAAGUGGAGGGAAAGAAAGGCAGGCAAGAGGAAAAAGGUGUUAGAGGAGCUGUCUGCAUCCACAGUCUUCUUGACUGCUGAACUGGACAAAAAGAUGAAGGAACUCGUGUUUGCAUUCUGCCAUCAGCUGCAGUCCAAGUUCCUGGACCUGUCUCUGGGAGAGCAGGUUAUAAAGAAUUUGCUUUUUGUGGCCAAAGUUGUCUACUUGCUAGCCCCUGCCUUAGAAGAGGGUAAAGAAGCUGAAGGAGAACUUGGCUGUGAAAUGGAAGAGCAGGAGGCCUCAGAUGAGGAAGAUAAAGACAUUUCUGCUCAAGGAGAGGAAGAAAAAGAGGACACGGAAGAGAAAGGCCAGGCAGCCACAUUGCUGUGGUUAAUGAAGAAGCUCUCUCUCAUGGCAAAGCGCGAAGCAGCGUAUUCCCCUAAGGUCCCUUUAAAGAGAAGCUGUAUCUUUAAGUUCCUGGGAGCAAUCUCAGUGGAUCUGGGAAAAGACAGGAUCAAGCCAUACCUUCCAACAAUUCUCACCCCUCUCUACAGGGAGCUGAACAGCACCUAUGCAGAGCAAGAUCCAACACUGAAGAAUCUUUCCCAAGAAAUCAUAGAACUGCUCAAGAAGUUAGUUGGACUGGAGGCUUUUUCGCUUGCCUUUUCUUCUGUGCAGAAACAGGCCAAUCAGAAAAGAGCCAUGAGGAAAAAGCAGAGGGCUUUGCAGACUGUAGCAAACCCUGACAUUGCUGCAAGGAGGAAGCUGAAGAGACAUAAGAAUAAAGCAGAAACUAGGAAAAGAAAAAUAGAAUUCCUGCGGCCUACCUACAAGGCCAAGAGACCUCGAAGUCACGCACUGAAAGAUUUAGCGAUGGUGGAAUGAAAAGGCUUUUUCUUCC